AUGUUGCAUUCAUUCGCUAAUGGAAUGCGCAGAAAAUCGGCAUCGCUUUCUAGUUUUCAUAAAGUAGAUUUAUUUCGACAAUCUUUUCGAUCGACAAGCAGCUUUUCUUUGCAAUUUCUUAGUCAUAAAGAUCAAGAUUUUAUUGAUGUGAUUAGCAUUGCUGAUGGCGAUGAUAUUAUUCUCAAUUCAUCGAUAAAUCCUUCCACUCAAUUUGAAAAGGAGCGUAUUGUGGUCUCAUUAUCAGAUCUAGAUAGAGAAAUUGAAUCUGCUUAUUGCUCAGAAAGAAGAAGCUUAAGCUUUGGCGAUGGAAUUCUACCAACUUCACAAAAAUUAGACUUUUACGAGAAGUCGGAUAAAAUUCCACAGUUUUGUGAAGAUUUGAGUGCAUUAAUAAAAGAAUCUUCUUUUGAAACUUCGAUGCCAUAUUUCAGUUCAGGACGCAGUAUUUCAUCAGACCACGAUUCUCUAUACCGUGGAAUAAACAGGAACGAUUCAGAGUAUUUCCUAGCAGAUACUAAUUAUAUGACCGAUGAUCAUAGUUGCCAGGAUUUAAAGGAUUAUUCUAAUGAUUUAUCAUUUAACAAUGCUGAGAAGUUGCCUAUUUUAUACACUGCUGUUGGAAGCGCACUGAAUUUCGCUGCGCAAGUGAUGAAAAUUCCAGCAAUUAGCUCAAAAGACCGAAUUGGGGAAGAAGAUUCUAUUAAAGAGCUUACAAGGCAACAAGAAUUGAAUGAAGUAUAUGCUGAAGAUGAUCGUUUAUCGUUGUGCUGGAUGAAUUCACAGUUAACCACUCCAUCAUCAACAUACGAUAAAUUUGUCACUGCUUUGUCGGAUUCUUCACGUGAAUUAAGCGUCAUAUCUGAACACACUGAUUCUAAUCUGGGAACAGGUGAAAAAUAUACCCUGAAUUCACCUCCGGAUGAGUCUGAGUUGGUAGCUACAAAUGUACCAAAUUCUUUUCAUAAAAAAAGCAUUGAUGUUGGGGGCAUUAUUGCUCAGCAACAUCGCUGCCAUUCCGUGGAAAGAAACGUCAAAAAUAUCUAUAUACAAGAUAAAUCCAGAAGGAAGCCGAUACUUUUGCGUGCUUCACCGACUCGCAGUGGUGAAUUUUCGACAAAAUGUAAGAGCCAAAUGGUUUUAGAAGAUGAAAGUGAUUACAUCAGAAACUGGGCGAGACUUGAAGUGCCGGAUAGCAUGCGAAAUUUGUCAUCUUCAAGUCCAAACGUCAACGGAAUGAUCAUGCCAACAGAUGAAGUGGAUAUUAAGGAAACUAGUCGAAGUUUGCAACAUUGUACGGAAAAAGAACAAAAAGACGCUCAUAAAUGGAAGGAGGUUUUACCAGUUACAUUUGGGCCCCAUCAGGUAAUCGGACCAGUUCGGCGAUCUUCUCAGACAUCAACUCGAAAAGCUCCUUUCAGUUCCAUGAAUCACGAGAAGAAAGCUCGAGUUGACAAAAAGCAUUCAAGAAAAGGAAGUGCACUGUUCGAUUUUUUUCGCCGUGUUUUGCUGGAUUUACUUUGUGCACUUCUUGUGAUCGGGUCUAAGCCAUCAAAAAAAAAAGAACUGAACCUCUUAGAAAAAUCUGAUCUAAGAUCUCUUUCGGAUAUUGUAACACCGGUUUCCGAUAGACGGUCAAUUGCCGCGGAAGAAUUUGAUGAUCUACCUGAUAGUCUUGCUAAGGCGAUAUUAGAUAAAGUACCAAAUACAAUAGCUUCCAGCGGUGGUCGUCAUUUAGCCGCACACUUCAAUAAAGAAACACAUCGAUUCAUUCCGCAAGUGUGA